CCCCCUGCCUGUCGCCCAGCGCCACCUCGGCCGCCCGGCUUAUGAAACGAGGAGACGGCGCAGGCGAGCGGAGCCGUCAGUCUCACGGCAGCAUUUCAGGCAACAACAGUGUUGUCGCCCAUGGGGAUUGACGAGUUCUGCAGCCUGGACGGUUCCGAUCCCUUCUGGGAUUGGAACCGGACCUGGUACACUCCCAACCCGGACCUGACCCAGUGCUUCCAGAACACGGUGCUGGUGUGGGUCCCCUGUGUCUACCUCUGGGUCUGCGCGCCCUUCUACUGCCUCUACCUGCACUGCAACGACCGCGGGUACAUUCGCAUGUCACACCUCAACAAAGCCAAGACGGUCACGGGGUUCUUGCUGUGGAUUGUCUGCUGGGCAGAUGUUUUCUAUUCUUUCUGGGAAAGAAGCCAGGGUCAGGCGAAGGCGCCUGUUUAUUUUGUCAGCCCCACUCUGCUUGGCAUUACAAUGCUGCUGGCCACGUUUCUGGUGCAGUACGAGCGGAUGAAGGGGGUCCAGUCCUCAGGGGUGCUGCUGAAUUUCUGGGUGAUCGCGGUCAUCUGCGGCACCAUCAGCUUCCGGUCCAAGAUCCUGCAGGCGUUCAGCGAGACGUCUGGCGUGGACCUGUUCCGAUACUUCACCUUCUUCACCUACUUCGCCCUGCUGCUCAUCCAGCUGUUCCUGUCCUGUCUGUCGGACCAGCCCCCCCUCUUCUCCCAGGCAGUCAAAGACUCGAAUCCCUGUCCGGAGCUGGGUGCUUCCUUUCUCUCCAGGAUCACUUUCUGGUGGAUCACUGGGCUCAUGGUUCAGGGCUACAGGCGGCCCCUGGAGGAGCGAGACCUGUGGUCCCUCAAUGAGGAGGACAAGUCCCAGAAGGUGGUGCCACAGCUGGUGCACCGCUGGAACAGCCAGCGUGCCAAGGUCAAAAGGCCCGCGGCCAAGACGAUGUACUCCCCGAAGCGCUCUGCGCGGGCUGCUGCUGAGGAGAAGAAGGACGGGGCGCCGGCGGAGGAGUCGGAGGUCCUGAUCGUCCAGGAGCCCCGCAAAGCCCAGGAGCCGUCUCUCGCCAUGGCCCUGUGCCUGGCCUUCGGGCCCCACUUCCUGGUCUCCUUCGUCUACAAGAUCAUCCACGACGUCCUCAUGUUCGUCGGCCCCGAGAUCCUCAAGCUGCUGAUCCUCUUUGUGAACGACCCCAGCGCCCCCUCCUGGCAGGGCUACUCCUACACAGCCCUGCUGUUCGUUUGCGCCUGCUUGCAGACUCUCAUCCUGCAGCAGUACUUCCACGUGUGCUUUGUGACGGGCAUGAGGCUGCGCACCGCCAUCGUGGGCGCCGUGUACAGGAAGGCCCUGGUGAUCACCAACGCGGCGAGGUGCACCUCCAUGGUGGGCGAGAUCGUCAAUCUGAUGUCCGUGGACGCCCAGCGCUUCAUGGACCUGGUCACCUACAUCAACAUGAUCUGGUCCGCCCCCCUGCAGGUCAUCCUGGCUCUGUACUUCCUCUGGCAGAACCUGGGCCCCUCUGUGCUGGCUGGAGUAGCAGUGAUGGUCUUCAUGGUGCCGGUGAAUGCCGUCAUUGCAAUGAAGAGCAAAACCUACCAGGUGGCCCAGAUGAAGAGCAAGGACAGCCGGAUCAAGCUGAUGAACGAGGUCCUGAAUGGGAUCAAAGUGCUGAAGCUGUACGCCUGGGAGCUGGCCUUCCAGGGCAAGGUGCUGGGGAUCCGGGAGACCGAGCUCCGCGUGCUGAAGAAGAGCGCCUACCUGGCCGCCGUGUCCACCUUCACCUGGGUCUGCACCCCCUUCCUGGUGGCGCUGUCGACCUUCGCGGUGUACGUGCUGGUGGACGAGAGGAACGUGCUGGAUGCGCAGAAGGCCUUUGUGUCGCUGGCGCUCUUCAAUAUCCUGCGCUUCCCCCUCAACAUGCUGCCCAUGCUCAUCAGCAGCAUGGUCCAGGCCAGCGUGUCCCUCAAGCGCCUGCGAGUCUUCCUGUCCCACGAGGAGCUGGAUGAGGACGGUGUGAACCGCAAAAUCACCGCUGGCUCCUCUGAUAGCAUCUCCAUUGUUGAUGGCGUGUUCAGCUGGUCCAAAAAAGAUACGCCCACUCUAAAGAGGAUCAGCGUGCGGAUCCCCGAGGGGGCGCUGGUGGCCGUCGUGGGCCAUGUGGGCUCAGGGAAGUCCUCGCUGCUGUCAGCCCUGCUGGGCGAGAUGGAGAAACAGGAGGGCCAGGUUUCUGUCAAGGGCUCAGUGGCCUACGUGCCCCAGCAGGCCUGGAUCCAGAAUGCCACUCUGCGGGAGAACGUUAUAUUUGGGCGCGAGAAGAAGGAGGCCUGGUACCAGCGCGUAGUGGAAGCCUGUGCCCUCUUGCCCGACCUGGAGAUCCUGCCUGCAGGGGACGCCACUGAGAUCGGAGAGAAGGGCGUGAACCUGUCUGGCGGCCAGAAGCUGCGCGUCAGCCUGGCGAGGGCGGUGUACUGCGACUGUGCCGUCUACCUGCUGGACGACCCCCUGUCCGCCGUGGACGCUCACGUGGGCAAGCACAUCUUCGAGAAGGUCAUCGGGCCGCGGGGCGUGCUGCGGGGCCGGACGAGGGUGCUGGUGACCCACGGGCUGAGCUUCCUGCCUCAGGCAGACCUGAUCCUCGUUAUGGUGGAUGGGGAGAUCACCGAGGUGGGCUCCUACUCGGAGCUGAUGGACCGGCAGGGAGCCUUCUCCGAAUUCCUCCGCACGUACGCCAACGCAGAUCAGGGCGAGGAGGAGGACCAGCCAGAAGACGGGGAUGAAAAUGAGGGCAAAGAUAAACCAGAAGAUCGGAGCAGCUCCCCGGGGAGAGAACAGAAAGGCCUGGAGAAUGGAGGGCCUGCAGCACUGAGGCAGAACAGCCUGACCUCCAGCGUGGGGUCAGACUCUGCCAAAGCGCUCCUGAAGAGCGGCUCCGCUGAGACCCCAAGCAAGCCGGGGGCCGGCAAGGAGGCGGGCAGACUCACUGAGGCAGACAAAGCCAAGACGGGCAAGGUGAAGCUGUCGGUGUACUGGGAGUACAUGAAGGCCAUCGGGAUCUUCCUCUCCUUCUUCAGCAUCUUCCUCUUCCUCAGCCACCACUCCGCCUCCCUCGCCUCCAACUACUGGUUGAGCCUGUGGACUGACGACCACAUUAUUAACGGCACUCAGCAGUACACCGAGGUCAGGCUGAGCGUGUAUGGGGUGCUGGGGCUGUGCCAAGGCAUCGCGGUGUUCGGCUACUCGGUAUCGGUGUCGAUCGGGGGGAUCUUAGCCUCGCGGUACCUCCACCAGACCAUGCUGCACAACGUUCUGCGCUCGCCCAUGUCCUUCUUCGAGCGCACGCCGAGCGGCAACCUGGUCAACCGCUUUGCCAAGGAGACGGACACCAUCGACUCGGUCAUUCCCGGCAUCAUCAAGAUGUUCAUGGGCUCGCUGUUCAACGUGCUGGGGGCGUGCAUCGUCAUCCUCAUCGCCACGCCCAUGAUCGCUGUCAUCAUCCCCCCCCUCGGCCUGCUGUACUUCUUUGUGCAGCGCUUCUAUGUGGCCACGUCUCGGCAGCUGAAGCGCCUGGAGUCAGUGAGCCGCUCGCCAGUGUACUCGCACUUCAACGAGACCCUGCUGGGGACCAGCGUGAUUAGGGCCUUCCAGGACCAGGAGCGCUUCAUCAAGGAGAGCGACUCUCGGGUCGACUACAACCAGAAGGCUUACUACCCCAGCAUCGUGGCCAACAGGUGGUUGGCAGUGCGGCUGGAGUACGUGGGGAACUGCAUCGUUCUGUUCGCGUCGCUGUUUGCCGUGAUGGCCAGAGACCGCCUGAGCCCGGGCAGCAUGGGCCUCUCCAUAUCCUACGCCCUGCAGAUCACCGCUUCUCUGAACUGGCUGGUGCGCAUGUCCUCGGAGAUGGAGACCAACAUUGUGGCCGUGGAGAGAGUGAAGGAGUACGGAGACACGGAGAAAGAGGCGCCAUGGCAGCUGGAGAAGUCGGCUCCACCCAGGGGCUGGCCCACGGCCGGCCGCAUCGAGAUCCGCGACUUCGGCCUGCGUUACCGGGAGGACCUGGAGCUGGCUCUGCGGGACAUCGCGGUCACCAUCGAGGGGGGCGAGAAGGUGGGGAUCGUGGGGCGCACGGGGGCGGGCAAGUCCUCCCUGACGCUGGGGCUCUUCCGCAUCAUUGAGCCGGCGCAGGGGCAGAUCUGCAUCGACGGAGUGGACGUCUCCACACUGGGGCUGCACGACCUGCGCUCCCGCAUCACCAUCAUCCCGCAGGACCCUGUGCUGUUCUCCGGCUCCCUGCGGAUGAACCUGGACCCCUUUGACAGCUACUCGGACGAGGAGGUGUGGAACGCUCUGGAGCUCGCCCACCUCAAGACCUUCGUGUCGGGGCUGCCGGACAAGCUGAACCACGAGUGUUCGGAGGGGGGAGAGAAUCUCAGCCUGGGGCAGCGCCAGCUGGUGUGCCUGGCCCGGGCUCUCCUCCGGAAGACCAAGGUCCUGGUGCUGGACGAGGCCACGGCCGCGGUGGACCUGGAGACGGACAACCUGAUCCAGUCCACCAUCCGCAGCCAGUUUGAGGAGUGCACGGUGCUGACCAUCGCCCACCGGCUCAACACCAUCAUGGAUUACACCCGGGUGCUUGUUCUCGAUAAAGGUCAGAUCGUGGAGUUUGACUCUCCUUCCAACCUUCUCGCCAAGAAAGGAAUCUUCUACAAGAUGGCCAAAGACUCCGGCCUGCUGUGAAUUUGGCUCUGAACUCAGGGAUGCGGCCACGAGGACACCUGCCCAAACCAAACAUCAUCUUUCUUGCUCUCCCAUGGCCAGUAGCUUCCAAAGUUGAAGGGGAAGUAGUGCCUCCUGUUUCCCCAGAUCCCUGCAAGGGACUUGGGGACCCACCUGUGUUGCUGUGCACAUGGUCACCACCCCCGACCCUUCUCUGUCAUCUGCAGGCAAGACCAUUUUCACACAUGGCUCUUCUGCAGUGCUGGAAGGUUGGGGUUCACCAGCUAGAGCUCCCACUUCUAGUCUUCAAGAUACACUGUUGCUCAGGGUCUAUAUUUCCGUCUGUCCAGAUACUGAAUGUGUGUUUCACCUCUGUGCUGCUUUCCUGAGUUAAACAAGGAGAGUGCUGUCUCCUUUCAGGGUUGGUUGUUGUUGAAAACCCAUUAAGAUUUUCCAUACAUAUCGGGCCCAUUUAAUAAUGUCUCAGAUCCCUACUUCUUCAUGUUGCAGGCUGACGAGGGAGAGAGUGUGCUGUGGUUCCAUUUGCCAUGACAUGACGUUAGUGUUCUGCUAACGCCAUCGCAACUAAACUGCAUUUUUAAGACCACUUUCUAACUCGCUGAAAACUGCAAACUAAAAUCCACAAAGACUUGUUCUACAUCUUCAUGGGCCAUGGUUGCAAACGGCCAAGCUGCGGAGAUUUGCACUCUAAAGCCUAUGUAUUGAUCUGUGCUGCCGUGGAAACAUGCUUGUUCGGCACUGUGGACAUGUCUCAGCCCUGGGUCAGGCCUGACCCUGAAUGGGUAUCAUAGUUUAGUGAUCAGUAACAUGGAACAGGAGUAAUUGACCUUUGUCCCUUCCUCUUUUGGCCACACCUGCUUGACUCCUGACAUGUUUCCAGCUGUGGAAUUUCACUCUGAUCCGGCCCAGAGGUUUCCACAUUAAAUCUUGAAUGUUCAGGUUUGCUGCUGGAGGCUCUGUAAAGUUGAAGCCUGGUCUCAGACAUGUUAACCACUUAUCUUAUUUUGCCAUAACAUGUUGAGAUUUGCACUGCAGGAUGAACAGUUACCUGCAUUAUGUGCGUUUUCCUCUUAACUGACAGAAGCUGCAAUUAUUUUAUUUUUGUGAGGUCAAUAGUUUCACCGUUUCAUUUUGUAAAUAUGCUUUGUCAAGGAGUAGGGCUCCUUGCUGUGGGUGUUUGAAACUGGGGAAGCCCAGCACACUGUUUGGACAAAAUCCAAAGGCUGGCAAGAGUCUCCUUCAUUUCUGAGCUGGUGCUGGCUCCUUGACCAGUGCCUGUUUCAAAUGGGCUGUCUCCCGACCUGUUGUUGUUUUUGCUAUAUUCUCCAAGAGCAGUGUAGUGAAACUGAGGGAACUGUCCACCCGCACACAGCGUGAUGUUUUUCAGUCGAGCUGUAAGAUUGCUGAGGCUGUUGGAAUCGUUAGCUGGAUAUUCCCCUCCUCAGGCCUAGGGAAGUUCCUACCCCACACAGUGGAGAACCCACUGUACCUUAUUGCUGUACUCCGUUACAAGAAUUACUCCUGAAAUGAUCUCCAUGUGUCUUCCCAUGACAGAAAGCACAGGGUUGUUUCUAGAAAGGUUGGGAGCCAUUUUUGCUCUAGAAGCAGUUAGGAUGCUUCUGUAGCACCCCCAUCAAGUUACAUUGAAGAUGGAAGAAAUAUACUGCAGAGACUUUUAUGUGUGUUUGUAUGUUACUGGGGGAGAGUGGGAGGGCAGGAUCUCCUGAAGGACAAUGGUAUAUGUCUGUGCAGGCCAGGAUGAAGGGAACCCACACAGAUCAGACUCAGUGCACAAAGGCAGUGGACACUGUCACACUAGUUUUCACUUCAUCACAGUCAUUUGAAAUUCAGGCCUGGAUGCCUGCGUUUGGAACGGGCUGUAGUUUCUACUGGCAUGUGAUCCUGCCCGUAAUUCUCAUUGUUCUAGUACUGUAACUGUGUAUCCUAGGUACACAGAUGUUACACUUGACUUGUACCAGACCUUUUCUUGAUUGUACGUCCUCUGGUACAUAGUGGCAUUCAUUUUCAAAAUAUAGCUUUUUCUUGGGUUUUUUUUUGGUGUAAUUUACAAAAGCUGCUUUUUUUCCACUUUCUGACAAGAUUUAAAGAGUUAAACUCUUAUAUGUAUUUAUAUUAUUGUAAAUAUUCAAAGAUAUCAUUAUUGCUGAUCUGUACUUUUUAGUCAGGAUUUUGAGUGAGCAGUAUAUUUUGUUACAAGAGAUCUGUGAUGCGUUGAAAGAGGAGAAAUAAAGCUCUCAGAUUUUUGUUAA